AUCGCUGAAAGACGCAAAUAUAAAGAAUGGCGUUUCGCGAUGGCUUGGGGCCUUUGUCUCAUCUCCACCCCCUCGACGACACUUGAUUCCCACCCUCCCACUGUCCCGCAUCCCUCCUUCCCUCCUCCCCACCGUAAAGAUGGGUCAGUGGCAGAGCUCGACGGUGUGCACAACGCCAGCGUGCGUUCACGGGGCCUCCUAUGUCCUCAAGAACCUGGCCCCAAACUGGGAGCAGAUGGACCCAUGCACCGAAUUCGAUAAGAUGGUCUGUUACGGCGCUUUUGAACACCACGGUGAUAAUUCGGGCACUCUCCCCGCGGCGGGGAAGCGCACCGCUCGUGUCUUAAAGACGAUCCUGGAGAGUACCAGUCACGCCGAGGCAGCGGGCUUCAAGUCUACCCUGCUCACCGCGCGCAACAAUGUCGAGGAGGACAAUUUCGAUCUGCUCCGGACUGCCUACCAAGCCUGCAUGAACACGAACGCUAUCGCCGCCGCAGGUAUCAAGCCCCUGAACGACUUGAUUGUGUCGGUCAACACGACCUGGCCCGUUUCCCCCACCGACCUAGACACAGCGGUCGGGCCGGACGACUUAGAUGGCGUGCAGGAGGCGGCGCUGCUUCUCGCGCAGCAUGAUAUCCCCGUCUUCUAUAGUUACUGCAGUGGAAGGGGUGAGCCCGUGACGCCCGACUUCCUGGACGCGAAACACAACCGCAUCUGCUGGAGCACUCCCAACCUGUACCUGCAGUCCAACCUGACCAUGUACUUCGACGAGGACAAAAUGGAGUCGUAUGGGAGGAUGCUGGGAAAUAUCUUCCGCAUCUCGUACCCCAAUCUAGGCAUCGAGGCGGCCGCCGACCUUGGAGCAGCCGUUAUGGGGUUAGAAGUCGACAUGGUGACUCAGGGGCUGAAGUACCAGGAAUCACUGGGACCCGACGCCGACGGUAUCAAUACUAUCCAAAACGUGACAGUCUCCGAGAUAGACAAAGCUGCGCCCGUGUUCGGCUUCGACAAGCUAGUCACCGGUCUCACGCCAACUGGAAAGGCGCCAUCGCGCAUUCUAGUAAACGCUCCAGACUUUUGGCCCGAGUACUCCAACCUCGUCACGAACCACUCGAGGGCGGCCGUGCAGGGGUUCAUGAUGUGGACCACCAUCAACGCGGUGGGGAAAUACAUUGACGACGCCGACCUCGAGAAAGCCUUGGGAUUGACACCCUCGAGGAAAGUCGAGAGAUGGGAGACGUGUAUCGAGGAGGCCGACAAGAUGGUGCGGCACGUCAAGGACCACUACUUCAUCUCGGCCACCUACCCCGAACUCACCCUGCAGUCGGCCGACAGGAUAACGACCAACAUCAGGGCCGAGUUCAAGAAGCGCCUCGAGAGUUUCAAGUGGCUGAGCCCGUCGUCCAAGAAGCGUGCCCUGAAGAAGGCCGACAACAUGGUCCAGAACAUCGGCUACCCCAAGUCCGACCCCGACCUGAACUCCGCCGAGUCAGUGGCAUCCUUCUACACCGGCCUCAACUUCACCUCAAGCCACUUCUCCAACGUCCUCGCGAGCCUGCGGUUCAACACAGCCAAACAGUACGAAAAAGUCGCCAAGAAGCCCAGCCGCAACGAGAUGUACAACAUCGCCGAGGUCAACGCCUUCUACGACCCGACCAUGAACUCCAUCACGAUCCCGGCGGGCAUCUCCCAGCUCCCCAUCUUCCACUACCACCUCCCCGACUACGCGCUCUACGGCGGACUGGGCAGCAUCAUCGGGCACGAGAUCACGCACGGGUUCGACAACAAGGGCCGGCAGUGGAGCGAGGACGCCGAGUUCGAGCCGUGGUGGGACAACGCCACCAUCGCCGAGUACGACGCGCGCGCCCAGUGCUUCGUCGACCAGUACUCGACUUUUGAGGUGGACGUGCCCGGCGGCAAGGCCAAGGUGGACGGCAAGAACACGCUCGGCGAGAACCUGGCUGAUGCGGGCGGCAUGCGCUCGUCGUAUGCUGCGUGGGUCGAGGCUCGUAAGAGCAUGCCUGAUACCUGGAACCAGCAGCUGCCGGGGCUGGAGGCGUUUACGGCGGAGCAGCUGUUUUUUGUGUACUCGGCGAAUAUCUGGUGCAAUACUCGUACGCCGGAGGAGAUGGCGAGGUUGAUGGAUGCGGAUGUCCAUGCGCCGUCUAUGACACGUAUUCGGGGCAUGACGGAGAACUCGGAUGAUUUUAGGGAGGCGUUCAAGUGCAAGAAUAAGGCGGCCAAGUGCGAGCUGCUUUAGGUGGUGGCUUGGUUGGAUGUGGAGUUGGUUUUGCUGUUUCUUUGGGUUGUGCAUACUUUGAGCAUAGCGUCUGGCGUAGGGGGUGCAUAUGGGGUGGUCAUAUUAGAGUAGAGAGCUCGGCCUAAUGAAG